UUUCUGAAACGAGAAGACUACAAAGCCAUGGACAAUGACACAUCAGUGACGUCGUUCGUAAUGCUUCCGUACAUUCAGCUGGAAGAGUCGAGACUCAUAAACUUCUUCAUGUUCCUCUUGUUGUACGUCCUGAUCCUCGCCGUCAGUCUGGUUCUCAUUGCGGUCAUUUAUGCCGACCGGACGUUACACGAACCCAUGUACUUUCACGUGUGUAACCUGGCAGCCAACGGAAUAUUCGGCAGCACUGGUUUGUUGCCUGCGCUGUUGACUCUCUUGAUGUCCCAGACUCAUGAAAUAUCUCUUUCUUUCUGCGUGACGCAGGUUUUCUGUUUGCACUCGUACGCCACCGUCGAAUUUACCAUUUUGGCCGUGAUGGGCUAUGACAGGUACGUGGCCAUCUGCUGCCCGCUGCAUUAUCACAGCGUCAUGUCCGUUUCAAGGAUCAGUAAGCUGAUUGCGUUUUCCUGGAUCUACCCUUGCGCUUUUUUCCUCAUGUACCUCUCGCUGACCCUGCGGCUGACGUUUUGCGGGAGGUUCAUAGAGAAAGUGUACUGCGUCAACUUUGAACUGGCGAAGGUAGCCUGCUCCGGCAGGUCCCUGAUUAACAUUGUCGGGCUGGCGUCGAUAAUCGUGUUCAUUCUGCCCCAGCUGUUCAUGAUAAUGUUUUCCUACGCGCAGAUACUGCGAAUAUGUGUUCAGUCAUCCAAAGAAUCACAGCUCAAAGCGCUUCAGACGUGCGGCCCACACUUGCUGUCUGUUAUAAUCUAUGCUGUAGGGUCCUUUUUUGAGAUAAUUCAAAGCCGGUUCAACAUGAGUCAUGUGCCCUCUGGAACACGAAUCUUCAUGUCGCUUUAUUUCAUAUUAUUUCCACCCCUGUUAAAUCCAGUCAUUUACGGUCUGACCCUGCAGUCCAUCCGAAGUCGUCUUUUCAGGACGUGCAGGACAAAAUGCUAGCACCAACUCCAAAACUGGUCAUAGCGAAGUAGAUAUAUCACACUUCACAGAAAGAUAUAUUGUAGUACAUACCCUUCAGAAACAUUUUUCUUCUGAAUCUUCUUUUGUACUGUAGGAUCUAGAUGUGUACAUCCUCAAAACUGGUGACAUAAAAGAACCUGGAAUUGAAUGACCAUGGGAUUAGUUGAAAUUUUGCGUGUGUGUUAUAAGGCCCUAUGUGUGUUUGGAUGUCAUGUAAUAAGCAUGUAAGGGUUUUGUAUUUCAUUUUUACAAGUCUUGUAGGUUUAACUUUGACAUAUAACUGUAACAUUUCUGUUGCUUGUUUAAUGUGAUCUAUCAUUAUUGGGGUGGUCUUGUAAGUUUAACCUUGUUAAAUCUUUAAUAGGGUAGUUGACAAAUUGUAAAACAUGACU